AUGCGGUUGUACAGCCUGAUCUUGGUCUAUCUCCUUCUUGGAGGGACGACGAAAGCAGAGGAGGUGGAGGUAAUAGAAGCGAUAACCGGCGAUGACAGUCGGAACGAGAAUUCCGCCCUGAGCCGUCCGGACAGUGACUCCAACACCUCCGACCAGUUGGCAUUGGAGUCAAUGGGGGACAAGGAUAACGCCGCGAGUUCCUCGUCCGGCCAGUACAACAAAAACAGUGGCCUCCGUGGUCACCAGUUGGCACUGCCACCACCGCGGAUAAAUCUAGGUCCAUCCCACCAGAGUGUCGCCUAUCACGGCCCACCACCACCACUCCCUGGGAAAGCAACCGCGCAAACCGAGGCGAUGGACAAAAUCUUCACAACAGGCAGCGGAUCGGGUGACCUCUGGCCAGCUAGUACGCCCGACAUGCCCAAAAUCAUCUCCCUCGAUGUCAAGUGCGAGAAGAACCUCAUGAAAGUCUACCUUGAAUUCGACAAACCCUUUUACGGAAUUGUAUUCAGCAAAGGUCACUUCAGCAACCUCAACUGCAUGUACCUUCCGGCAGGGCUGGGCAGGACAUCCGUCAACUUCGAGAUCGGAAUCCACACGUGCGGCACCUCCGGCAAUACCGAGAACGGCCUCUACGGUUACGGCGCUGAAUCAGGAUCAGGGACUUACUUCGAGAACAUCAUAGUCAUCCAGUACGACCCGCAGGUGCAGGAGGUCUGGGACCAAGCGAGAAAGCUUCGCUGCACGUGGCACGACUUGUACGAGAAGUCAGUGACAUUCAGGCCUUUCCCGGUGGACAUGCUGGACGUGGUGAGAGCGGACUUUGCUGGUGACAACGUCGGCUGCUGGAUGCAGAUACAAGUGGGCAAAGGGCCCUGGGCCUCCGAGGUCUCCGGCCUCGUGAAAAUCGGCCAAACUAUGACGAUGGUGCUGGCCAUCAAAGACGACGAGUCCAAAUUCGACAUGCUUGUCAGGAACUGCAUGGCUCACGACGGAAAACGCGCGCCGAUUCAACUCGUCGAUCAGAAGGGAUGCAUCACCAGGCCAAAGCUGAUGUCCAGGUUCACGAAGAUCAAGAACUUCGGGGCUAGUGCAUCUGUCCUGUCGUACGCUCACUUCCAAGCCUUCAAGUUUCCGGACUCCAUGGAAGUUCAUUUCCAGUGCACGAUUCAGAUAUGCAGGUACCACUGUCCCGAUCAGUGCUCGGAGACUGGGGGCAUUGAGGGUCCAGGUUUUCUGGAGAAUCAUCAUCCGGACGUGGGGUACGGGCUACCUCCGCCCCUUCCCCUGGACGCUUAUCUACAGGCGAUUGGACCUGGAGGACCUCGAGACGAGCGGCGGAGAAAGUCGAGGGAUGUCGGGCAGAAAGGUUCUCUCAAGAACAUCGGGGUUAACAGGGUCAUCAGAGUCGUUUCCACCGGGGACUUGACGUUCGCUAUUGACGAGGGUAAAGAGGAGUCCACGUCGGAUACAACUCUUGUUUUCCCCGUUAGGGAAACAGCUCCUGGAUCCACUAUGAUCUGCAUGACGACCCCCGGAUUCGCCUUCACUUUGAUCAUUCUUCUUGCUGUGCUGUUGAUUUCUUGCGUGCUGUCUGCUUACCUCUGGAUUCGCUUGAGGCCCUUCGCCAGGAACAAGGCUCUGUCCAAUGCUUCUUUCACUGCCCAGCCGAAAUUAAAUCAGCCAAAAAUGUGCUUUUACUCUUAG